AUGGCCUCCACAUCUAACUCAACAUGGGUCCCUACUGGCCGUCAUAAAGUUCAGGUCGGCACGUCGCUCGGUAAGGCGCUCAAAGCGCGCAAGGGAGCAGUCCCCCCUAAGCGGUCAAAUCUCCCUGAACGACAGUUUUACUCGUUCCGAUCAAAUUUCAAGCCAGAGUCGAUAGAUUCGACCAGGCCGGGGACGAUACAGGUGCAAAAGAAUGACACGACAAAUGAUGUGCAGCAAUUUGAAGGAGAGCAGAAACUUGCGAAGGAAUGGGAGUGCGUCAUCAUCUAUGAUGAGGAACUCAACACGUAUACUCUGGAGAAACUGGACUCCAUCAUCAACCUCACCUACACUAAGCGUGGACCACCACAGUUGCAUUCAUCAAAUGCCGCCUCUCCCGCCGAUGACCUAGAAGCUCAGCUCCUCGAUGGUCUCGAAGACGAAGAUGCUGAAGGCGAGCCCGAUGAUGAAAUGUUCCCACCACCCGCACCUUCCCACCUAUCCUCCACAACGGCAUCCGCACCUGCCCCGCCCAAACAAGAAGAAGAAGAAGAAGACUCGGAAGAAGACAUCCCCAUCGCCGCCACCGUCUCCAUUCCCAUCCCGAAACUUUCUCGACCGCCACCUGCCAAAGCCAAAUCUGCCGCCGCCGCCUCCAAAGCUAAACCGACCCCCGUUCCCACCGCCACGAAAGCCAAGGCCAGCGUCGCCAAAGGCAAAGCCAAGGCUACGACCACGAAUGGCAGUACAUCCAGUAACAAGCGGUCAUAUGAGGCAGCGAACGGACCAGACGUUGAGGAGCUGGUGAUCAGUCGUCCCGCACCAACAACCGUCCCAACGCCUUCGCCACCGAAACGCGCACGCAUGUCUCCACCGCCGCCACCGCCUAAAGAAAGUUUCUCUCUUGCGUUGCCUACUCCCUCCGGUCCCGACCCUCUGGCACAUCACUCGUAUGGCUCGUCUGUCUCCGCGCCUGUUGCCGCUGCUACCGCAGACCCACAGGUGGAAUCGGAUGAUGAAGAUAUGUGGGACGACGUUGUCCCCGCGAGCAGCACGACCGCAAUCGCAAGUGCAAUUGACGGAGACGACGCGGUUCCGGAUGGUGGGGACGGGGACGAGGACGAGGAAGGCGAGGAGAUUGACAUGCAGGCGUUCGAGGCUGAUAUCGAGCGAGAAAUGGGGAUGUCGGGGCAGGAGGAAGGUGAUGGUGGCGACGAUGACGAUGAUGGGGAGUUGUUUGAGGAAACGAUACCGAUCCCGCAGGUUCAGCCGCCACAGACGGGGAGACCGAUGAGCUUGAAUGCGUAUGCGGGGGGCGGGGUGCAGGAUGAUGAUGAUGACUAUUCGAGCAGCGAGGAUAGCGAUGAUGAUGAUUGA